AUGACUGCAGUGAGGAAGGUGCUCAAGAACGCCCUGGUCGUGGACGGCGUCAUUCGAGGUCUGCACGAGGUGGCGAAGCACAUCGACGCCGGCAAGGCGCAGGUGGUCUUCUUGGCGGAGUCCUGCAACGAGGCGACCUACAAGAAGCUCGUGCAAGGCCUUUGCCUAGAGAAGAACGUGCCGCUGAUCGACGUCCCCGACAACAAGUCGCUGGGCGAGUGGGCGGGCCUGUGCCGCAUCGACAAGGACGGGUUGCCUCGGAAGGCCGCCCCGCUGCGCCCCCCCGCACGCCGCCCUGCCUCCUCCUCCUCCUCCUCCUUCUCCUCCUCCUCCUCCUCCUCCUCCUCCUCCUCCUCCUCCUCCUCCUCCUCCUCCUCCUCCUCCUCCUCCUCCCCUCCACAAUUACACAAUAUGAAAAUACUCUCCCACUUCCCCUGA